AUGAAAAUUAUUCACAAAAAAACCACAAUGUUUACAUAACAUCUACUGGGGGAUAUAGAAUUUCAAAUUAUUAAGGUUAAGAAGGCAGUAAUGAAAUUCAUGAAAAAUGAAAUUUUAUUUUAAAUUAAUUAUACUGGAGUAAACUUUACUUUUGGUGAAUAUAGCAUCAUUCAUUGUUAAUAUGAUCCAAAAAAUAAUACAUUAAAUUUAUUACAUUAAAAUGUAUAUAAAAUAAUAAUUAGGAUGGAAUUACAUAUUAAAUGGAUAUAGCUAAUAAUAAUUUAGAAAUGUCCCCUUGUGUUAUGCUAUAUGGAACAGCAGAAAUAGAAUAAAUAUGA